AUGCUCAGCAGCGCCUUCCACCGUUUCUUCGGGCGGUCGUCGAGCGUCCCUCCCUCGAUUCCGUCUCCGGGGGGUGACACAAGCCCCAGCGGCGUUGUCAUCCCAGUCCUGGAUGUGCCAGAGAUCGACGAAGCUCCAGCCUUCGAUGCCUCCCUCAUCCCUGCUCCGCCCAGCACCUCAAGCAGCGUCAGCAGCGAAGGAUCGAACGCGACGCACUUCGGCAGCCUCGGUAGAUCCGCCAGCGACGUCCGAAUGGAUACCAUCGAGCAGCAGAUGGUCGACGACCAUGCGGCAGUUGGCGGGCGCGGCGACGGGCGCGAUGACGGGGACGUCGAAGCGGGUGAGGGUUUGGAAAGGCGCGUCCCGGGACACGGCGCCACACCUGCGGGUCAUACAGCCGUACGAGCGAGCGGUCGUGGACUCUCUGCGGCGUGGGCGAGGAGCGUCGCGUCAGCGCGUGAGAUCGGGCAGAACAUCAAGCGCUGGGGGUGCGAGAAAGGUCCAGCACUCUUCGUCCGCGCCGUUUACUGUUGGGUGGCCGUCCUGAGCCUGGGCUGGUCCGUCGGGCGGUACAUCCUCCACUGGCAGAAAGCCUCGCUCGACAGCCUCACUUGCCCGCAACUUGUCGCCAAGGCACACUUCUGGUGGCUGUUCUGGCUCGGGAAGCCUGAGCACAACGAGGCGUACGACUGCGCGAAUAUUUACGGCAUCGGGAUACUCGGGAAUCUGGCGAUGGCUAUCGCUCUUGCUGGCGCUGUGCUGCGAGGCGUCGACGGGACUAUCGCCGUCUUCGUCAAUCGGGCAUCCAACAACCCUGUCACACGUACGGAGAAAGAGUUCUUCGCCACCGUCGUCGUCCUGAACGCCAUAGCCAAUCUCUGCGCCUUCUUCGUUCCCGCCUUCAGCGGAAACCCGCUCUUGACCAUCACGGUCGUAUGUCCCCUCCAGAUAGUCUUCAUCAUUCUCGCCUACUUGACCUUCACUGUCGCCCAUCGUCGCCGCCUAUUCGACCCGCCCGUCGGCUUUGACGUCCUCCUCUUCCUCCUCGUCCAAUCUCUCCUCGCCAGCAAUCUCUGCCUCGCCGCACCCUUCGUCCCCUUUGUCCCGCGCUCGUGA